AUGGAGGCAUGCAGUAGCAGAACAUCGCUGCAUCAAUCGCCGUUGCGAACGAUUCCGAAAGUGAGUCAUUCGACUGACACGUGUCCCCUUGAGACCACUUUUCACGGUUUCCCAGGAAAACUAUUUGAAAAACAUCAAAAUCCAGGCCAAAACCUUCAAAUCGAAAUAACUCAGCGAAUUCUCAACAAUAUGCGAUAUUUCUGUUACCAAAACGUAGUUAGUGCUCUAAUUAUUCGAAUUCAGGUCCAAGGCAUAUUAAAAAUAGGUGUAUUGUACAGGAAACAUGGUAAGAACGCGAACUCCCGUUGUAAAUUAAUUAAUCGGCCGCCGCGUAAAUCGACACAGCCCGCCAGUUGCGAGUGCGCCCCAUUGAAAUCAUUCCCUUUCCACUUUCAGCUUCGACUCUGCGCAAGUGUGAGCAGUGAAGAUGUGGCACGAUGCCAUCUCACCGAUCAGCACUUUCAAAUCGAGGGAAAAAACUACUCGAGGAGCGUGUUCGAUCACGUCUUCCGACCCGAAUCCAGUCAGGAAGACGUGUACGCGGCAUUCCUGACGGACACCAUCAAUUCAGUGUUUGCUGGGAAUGAUGCGACUGUUCUGGCGAUGGGAGCCAAGGCUAAUGGUUCGUUUUGGGCAUGCAAUAAACGCUAUUUUUAUGCUUGCAGGCAAAGACGAACGACUUUACGGAGACAGUGUGUCCCGAAACGGACUAAUUCAGAUGGCGAUCACGCAGUUGAUGAGCGCUUUGGACGAGAACAAGUACGCCUACUUACUUUUCACAUCUAUCUUAAUCAUUUCCGUUUCAGAGACCCCGAAGAGCGAGUGCAGGUACGUAUGUCGGCUGUGAUGGUAUCUCAGAAGGAAUCGACGAUCAAUGAUUUGCUUCGACCGUUCAACCCGGAUCCACGUCAUCGAGUUGUGAAGCUGGUCGACGACGCAAGAACGGGCGUUUUCAUUGACAAUGAGAGCGAAAUUCGUGUCGAGACCAUCGACGAAGCGCUUUUUUACCUGAGCACGGCGGUCGAUCAGCGCUUGAGCCGUGAGUUGGCAAUAUAUCUUCUCUCCCAACCUACAGCAUUUUUAGAAGACGAACAAGCGCAUCGGACGAGCCACGUGUUCAUCUCGCUGAGCCUGUACUCGUAUAAGAUGGGCGACAAAAUGCAGGGCGGCCGGCGGAGGCUCUGCUUUUUGGAUAUGGGCAUCGGUGAACGCAAUUCGACGAACGGAGGCAUGACGAUGCCCGCGUUGGGCAGUAUUCUACUGGCGAUGGUGCAGAGGAACAAGCAUAUUCCGCUGCGGUGAGUCUUAAGAAUGCCUGCCACGUGUCAGCACACGGAUCAUUAGCAGUCAAUCAACUUAACCUUUCCCCAAUUCCAUUCCGUCGGCGGAUGUGAGCGCUUGCGCAAAAGCGGGCCCAGUAAUUUAUUACUCGACUUUUUAUUGAACCAGUUGUCAUUGGGUGGGUGGGGGAGUGGGGGCCCGGUGGAUCCCUUCAAGACGGGCGCGACACUUCAAAGACAGCGAGCCGCACCAUCUCACACGGAUUAGAUGAAUUGGUGUCGUUUCCUGGGGAGGGGGCUUCUGAUGUUUUUCACGAGGAAAAACGAGGAGUGAUGACAUUGAGAAGGCGGUGAAGAGGGAUGAGAACAGGAAGUAGGGGGGUGAUGGAUGAAAUUACGGUAUGAAACAGGUUAGAUGAGAAAUUCUGAAACUUUUUCGCUAAAUUUCCCCGCUAGACAGUCCCAGAGCCCGCUUCAACUUUGCACUUGGAGCCAAUCAAUCAUCCCGUCUUGUGUCUCCCUCAACACUUCCAAAACCGCCCGUAUAAUAAAUAAACAGAACAACUCCCUCCCGCCUUUCGUUUAUACUUUUCUUCGAAACCGAUUCAUCAAACUUUUGAGAGGCGCGGUGCCGCCAAAAAGUUGUUCUUGGCGGGCGGUCCCUGGAGACUCAAAAAGGUUGUCUCGAAUGAAUUCCGCUGACCGCACACACAAAAUAAAUAACAAAUUGCUGCUGACGCCGCCAAGAACUUUUUGCUCCUGGGGAAUUCGCUUUGACAAGUGUCCCAUGUCUCAAGUGUGAAAGUAGAAAAGAGAGAAAACUGGACGGAUUUGUAUUGCAGGGACUCAUCAGUGUGCCAACUAAUCAGAUGUGCGCUCGCCACAUCACGCUUCACCACGUUCGUAUUCUCGUUCGGAACGAAGCCCGAUGACAACGAGAAUAUCACGCAGUUGGCGUGCAAAGUCGCCAGGACCCGGGCGAAGACUUUGGUGGGACACGGACGCAAGUCGGUUAAGGUGAGUAGUGUGUACCUGAAAGCCCAGAUUGUAGCACAGUACAGUUCGCUUUCUUCUCAACCAGAACUAGAAUCCAGUUGCCGCCGGUUAACCUAAAUAUCGCGCGGCAAACAUAAUACCAUAAUCGAAAUUUGAUCCUCUUUGUAUGUACAUGAAGAAAAAACAUCCUUCCCCUCCCUCCCUCUACAGGCGAUAUUUCCGCAAAGAUCUAACUUCAGAACUUCUCAUCUGGAGCCUCCGACGCCACCUCAUCUGGCACCGACUCGCGACCUCAACGACGCUUCGAGCUGGAGAGCGGAUCCGAGCUGAGCGCCGCCGAAACCGUCAUUUUCAUAGGACCUUCCUCGAGAACAGCCUCGCCGGCUUCGAUGACAAGUGAGUUUGUGGGGAAGAUUAAUCGACUGCGAUCUGAUUUACGAGCCACAUUCCUUGCGAUAUCUCUUCUCGCCGCACACAAGUCCCACAUCAUUAUUAUCAUUAUUUUGUGCGGAAGGAGCCGCUGGCGCCCUCGGGUUUAUAGAUUUUUGAGUGGGUAUGAGUUGAGUUGCUCUUUUAUCGAGAAAAAAGUACCGUAACUCGUAUCACACCUAAAAUUCUGAACGCCUACAAGUUCGAUUUUGCCCUGAAAGUGAACGUUUUUCUAUUCUUUCAUCUGAGAUAAUCCAAUCGGACUGAAAAGUGGACUGGAGAGAAUCCAUACCAAGACUGAUAAUCAUAGGACCUGACCUUCCAUAGUUCAGGCUUCAAAAGCCGUUUACCCGAGGGGUUCGUCUUAAGCAUAGGAAAAGUUACCGUACUUUUUGGUCUUGCCACUUUUCCCUUUUUCCAUCUCACUAUCGUCUGUCCCCAUUUUAUCAGUGCACAAAAGAGCUAAACAAUGUCGUUCGAGUGCGAUAAUUUGCCCGCCAUGUGCUCAACUCAACACUCUUGUUUUUAUCCUUGCUCUUGCCACCUGAUGGUCUCAAUGAGGUGAUAAUCCAAUUGACGCUUUUUUGUCGGUACUCGCACACACACUCUACUUUCUAAUUAACCCGCCCCCGCACUCUUGACCCUCCUCCUGCAAAAAAGUGUUUAGUGUGACUCCUUUCGGUCCAAAGCAGUCGAGAGUUGAGACAGAAUCACUCUCAAGUGACACGUCUUUUUGCGAGUUUUCGGGCGUUUCGGAGACCAUCAUCCAUCAUUUCUCAGUUCUUCUUCGCUCUCCUGCAUGUGUCUCUUUCUCCCGUGUCACAAACCCUCCAUUGCUUUUCCGCUUUGUCCCGUAGUAUCACCAGUUGUUAAAAGUUAGUUAGGUACUUGGAAGUCGAUAAAACUAGUACUAGUACUGGCUAGUAGCUAGUCGCAAGACACAACACGUCCAUAAAAUGAGCGGUGGUAUCUUGAUCCGAUGCUCUCCGCACCGCCCAGAUUGCCUGUGAGAUUGCCGAGAAUUGGCGGUAAAUCGACGGACCCCCCCCCCCCUCGAUUGUAAACAUUGGCGAGUGGUGGUGGUCCUGUGCACAGAGCCAUCCCCUCCACGACCAUAAAACACCUCGCUCUCUGCGGCCGGCUCAUCUCCUUUUCAUCUUUGGAGAUUAGACAGAGUUGCGUAGGCUCUACACACUUUUGUAUUCCAUCCUAUUCCACAUUGUACAUAUCUCUUUUCUCACCAGAAAAUGUUGCUAUUUGAACGGGUCUCAGGUAAUUUCUUGGUUUUUCACAAGUUUCUAUGAAUACGAACUCGAUACUUUUUUGUCAGAACAAUCAAUUUUUGCAGUGCCAUCCACGCCAACUUCAGUCCGUCCACUGCACAGAACCACAAGAAGCAACGGCUCCGGUGAGCCCAUCAACAAACCCUUGACUAUCGAGACAAAGGUGAGAGGAUUUUUUUGAGGAUCUGUGAAAAACCAACCUUUCAAACAUGUUGCCAAGUAGUAAGAAAUCAAUGGGUGAGACUUGCUCCUUUCCAAAAAUUGUCUGACUUCUGAGGCCUGUAACUUAAGAACCAAUUGUUAUUUUGAAAUGUGUCCAACUAAAAGGUUGUAGCACAUUUUUUGCGAAAGAACUUUGUAAUUGAUGACUUUGUUGGAAAACACGUCAGUCACAAGGCACACGCUGAACACUGACCAUGGGCACUUAUCCAUACCGUAUGCGCCAUAUGGCUCCGGCUCAUGCUUUUGGCUUUUGCUCUUUUGUCGGUAGCCCAAUGAUACACAGUGUCAACAUAGCCACCUUUGUUCUCGCCUAAAGUACCCCCUCCCCCCGGGCGGCCAUCAUUAUAACAAUCCUUCCGGUGUUCGCUUGCUCUCUGUCUCUGAAGCGGAAACACGCUGGCGAAGUGUCAAAGAGGCGCGGUGUGUCCAAUUAAAAGAGGAAGAGAGCAAACAUGUGAAGAGAUUCCGCCAGAAACAUCCGAGUGUGGUGCGUGUUAGUGCAACUUGAUACGCUCGCCCGGCGGUGUUUUUGCCAUGAUACUAUGUAGUUUUUAUUUUCAUUUUAUUAUUUGAGUGACCCUACUACGCAAUACUUGUGUUUGCUCUGGUCCUUUUGAAAGGAGUGGUCAUGUUUUGCGGUGCUACAGUUGUUGCUUUUGAGAAAUGACGUGUAAGGAAAAAAUAAUUCCUUUCCCAUCCAUGUCUCUUACGUGUCGCCUCAUAAAUUUCGCGGGUCCGGCACACCUUUCAAGAGCGCAUCGCCGGCCCGUAUCAUCAUCUCAAAACCAUAAAAAGUGGUGGCGCAACAAGCGCACUUUUUCAUCUCGCCGCCCUUCUUCCCCAUCUAUUGUUUUCUCACAACAACACGAGUGGCUUUCUUCGCACCUGUUCCAUUCUAUUCCGUUCCGAAUGGGUACUUUCUGGUUGGCUCCCCCGUUUCACAUCGAGAUAGGUCAUUUGGAAUGUAAUAUAAACUGCGUUGGCCGUCGCCGGAAGACGGGACGACCCCAUUUUCUCGCCCGGGGGCCCGUCAAAUGUAAACAAUUUGUAUGUACAUCCCCGCUUUUGAAUUGAGAGUGGGCGGAGCUGCGAACAGUAGGAGAGUAUGAUUUGAGCCAAUUAAUUUUAAGGCUGCUGCAAUAGAGUCAUUCCCCCAGUUCGAGUACCGCUAUUACAGUAUUCCCAGCGGUACCACCACACCUGUUAGGGCAGUCUCUGUUAGUUCUCGUCGUUUAGGGCAGGCUAGGGUACCUUCCAUAAAAACCUCCGAACUUGUGUUGGUCUGGUCGUCUUCCUCUUGUUUUUACGAUUGUUUUCCUCACCACGCGUGUUGUACAUACUAUCAGAUCAGCCGUAACUGUUUCGUUUCCGUUUCCAUCCACUUUCUGUGCAGUUUUAGUGUUCGUAACUUCUCCAGAAAACGUUCUCCACUUUCCACUUUCAACUCUCUCCCCCCCAGCCAUAACAUUUUAUGAUAAAAUGCACCCGAUUUUGCAGAGCUCGCCGACGCACGCGUGCCACGACGGCUGCAUCCACUCGAUUCCGCCAAUGCUCCGCGGCCACACUCCGUUCCUGUCGGCCUCUCUGAAACUGUACGACGAGCUGUGCUCACCGCCCGGAUCCUCCAGAGCGACGUGCUCGCCGAACGCGUUCGGCGGAAAUACUGCAGAGGUACGCGCCGCCGAUUUGUUUAGACUGCUCAUGAGUUUGGAUGGAAAGGUGUCCGAUGACAGUGGAGGUGUCACGGAUCACACAGAGCGUCUCGGCAAAACAAACUCGCGAAGUUCCAACUUUUUCAUUCAUUUCAGAAACGCGACGACUUUGGCAUCAUGAUUGCUCAGCCUGCUAUUCCGCUGAUGAAGGCCAAGUCCAAGUGAGUAGUUUUGUUGAAAAUUUGGGAAUCUAUAUAUUUCGGCUGCUGGUAGAGCUUUCGAACAAUUGUCAACUAAUAGAAUGUUCAUUAAGACAUUUUCUACAUUUUACUAGUCGACUACUUUUUGAUAUCUCUUCUGGCAGCCACGAUAAAUUGCUUUGAACCGAUAAGGUAGUUGACAUUUUAGUUAAGUACCCGUAUUAGCAGGAGGUUAGGACGUAUCGGUGGCUAGAACGUUAAUCUAAGGAACGUUUUUAAUUAAAUAUAGACUAUAUAGUUUGGUCCAUAUUGUCACAACCCUAGCCAACAUAGACACAAUAUAGUUAGCUGGAUAGAUAUAAUCUCCCCCAGCGUGCUGCCACAGCUGAUAUCUUCCGGUGAUAAAGUGAUACACACGCACACGAAUCAACUCGAUCAUUACGGCUGUCAAGCUCUGAGUGCAUCUUCCUCUUAUUCUUCUCAUCUUUCUCUCUUUCUAUUUCUAUUUCGCAUUCCGUUUUAAAUGCGUUUCGAACGCACACACACACACAAAUACACGCUUGGCAGCCGGGUGGCACAACACUCUUCUCUGCUCCCACCGAACUUUUAUUCUUCUUCUUCUUCUUCUUCUGAGAAGAUCUGAACUUUGAGAGAUGCCUCAGACUUCAGCCCUUUUUGAGAUUCAACAAUCUCAAAUCACUUUUAUCGAGUACAUCAAGUACACGUGGCAGAGAUUGAUGUAGGUGUGGGUUCUGUUAGGAUAAACUGGGCUUAUAGGCUAUAGAAUAUGGGCUCAACUUUCAAUUGUUAUAGGUACAACUUGGACGACGGCAAAAUGAAGCAGAUCAUGCAGUGGAUGGAGACUUCCGAACCUCCGCAAGCCCUCUUCUCUUCGCCGUGCUAUGAGAACGGAGCCACGAGCGUCGAAGAGCUGCGAGAAUGUCCGGCGAUAUUGUCGCAUCCGUUGGAGGACAUCAUCGAGAUCGAAGAGGAAUCGAUGCGAACUUCGACAGCAACGACGGGAUGUUCGAAGAGAGAUCAUCCGCUGCGGAUUCUGAGCAAGCAGGACUUGAACAUGGAAUCAGAGACCAAGGAUAAGGUGAGUGGCGAAUAACCGGCAGCUGUUGGACUCUUGUUAAUUGCAGCAGGAAGAAAGUGAACUCGAAAGAGCGAUGGCCGCCUCGCUCUCCUCCAUGAAAUCCCAUGAUAUUCUGGCGAAGUUGGAAGCGAUGCGCAAUGCGCAGAAUGGAAACGGAGCAAUGAUUUCGCAGAGCUCGAAUACCGACAUGGACGUGUCGGAGAUGGAUGUGUACAGAAGGGCGAGUCAUUUGGAGGAGUACGCAAUGCAGAGAGUCAAGGAAAUUGAGGAGAAUAAGCAGAAGAAUAAGAAUAAAAAGGUCAAGUUGGGACUCAAUUGUUGUCAACAGCAGAGCAUGAUCUCUUCCGGAAGCACCGUCGUCAAUUGGAGCGAGAUUGAGAAGAAAAAGUGAGUUUGAGAAACUUCUAGAAACUAUUGGAAACAAACUCUUUUUGCUUUCAGAGAAAGAGAACGAGAAGCCAAGGAAGAGGAGAAACGAAAGGAAGUGCUACGCGAACGACGGGCUCAGCUCAAAAUCAAAGAGCUCGAGAUCAAACAGGAGAGGAAUUUGAUCGACAAAGAACUCGACGACAAGAAAGGAAUCACCAGCUCGAUCGCCCGCCAACUCCAACACUUUUCCCUGUCGCCGUGCCGUGGAGGACGUACACAUCGCUCGGUGUCAAACCAUCGCAUCGAUCCGCCCAAUGCAUCGCUCCCAUCCACUCCUACCAUGUCCCACAAGAAGAUAUUCGGAGGAAGUCUGGCAAAGCUCAAUGGAGCGGCUCCACCUUCUCCGUCACUUGGACACCAUCAAAGUCUUCCGAGACAUUCGAAACUUCCGACUGCAGUUGAUGGACAUGGAAGACGACUCUCUUCGGAGAGGAAAUCAAGCAAAUCAUCUUCACGGACUAUCAACGCAAGUACGAGCUCGAGGGAACGAAGAUCGAGUGGUGGAAGUGGGGAACUGCACUGGCGAAGCCCUUACGCCCAGAUGACGUCACCGAAAGCCUACGGAGGUCCAGGAACGUCAUCUUCUGGAAGAGGUUCAAGUGCUCCUGGCUCGGACUUUGAAGCCACCGCCGUCUCGGCCGCUGCCACGUCGACAAACGGAACGAUGCCAAGAUCCAAGAGACAAAGCUAUUCGGCCUCUUCUGGCUACGAGUCGGCUUCCAACGACUAUCAUAUUUAUUGUAAGUUUGGAAAAAGAAAGAUAGAGUGUUUGAAUGUUAAUUCUGAUUUUUGCAGCCACCCCGAACAAGAAAACCGCCAAUGUUUUCGACAAGAAAAAGAACGAAGAGAAGCUGUCGCUGGUCCGACAAGCGGACGAGAUCCGUCACCGCCAACGACUACUCAAGAAGGAGCUCGAAGAAGCGAAACGAGCGAUCGGGCAAGAAGACGAUGCAAAGUAAGACAGGAACUCCGCCUGAAUACAUGAAACUGAUGGUGUCCGGUUCAGAAUGAUUGCCAAUUCGAAUGAUCAACGACUGAACGGGUUGAGUCGAACGACGAUGAUCGACGCGAUGCUCCAGGAGAACCGGAUUCUCGAGAAGCGUCUCGUCGCCUGCCGCAAUCACUCGAUGCUGGUCACCACUUUCAUUUGA